AUGGGGGGCUGUGAUCGAUCAUCAGAAGAGGAGGAGAUGGAUGAAGAGGAGUGGGAGCCCAAAAAGAAAAUUACAAGUCGGCCCAGGGUCCCCAAAGUGAAAGAGCCCAAAGCAAAAAAACCAGCUGCAAUCCAGAAGAAAACUACUGUGGCUCGUAAAAGGAUCAAGAAGGUAGUGGUGAAAGAGGAGCCAGACACAUCUUUACCUGCUCCGGUUUCUGGAGGGAAUGGAGGAGGAGCGCAACUUAAAGAAGAGACAAAUCUGAGAAGUCCAGCUAAAAAGCCCACAGUAUGUCCAGUGAAGAAUCGCGGUUUAGGGAAUCCUGUCUAUGGCCUGGAUAAUGCUGAAGAACCCUCCACGAGUGCUGCAUCUAAACAGAAAGUGAAGAUGGAAGAGUCUGAGGAAGACUAUGCCUUUGAUGAACCUCCUUUAAAAAAAGUAAAAUCAUCCAUGCAUCCUCAGGGAAAUCCUGUAAAAUAUGCUGUGUGUGCCGCAGAGGAUGAAGACCAGAAAAUGAAUUGGAAUAUAGUGCAGGUCUUGUCACAAAGGACUGGUAUUGAAGAAUGGGUGUGCGCAAACAUAAUCCGUCUCUUCAAAGAUGACAAUACUAUUCCUUUUAUUGCCCGGUACCGGAAAGAGCUCAUCAACAAUCUGGAAGCCGAUGCGUUGCGAGAGGUGCAGCAAACGUUGGAGGAACUACAAGCAGUUGUCAAAAAGGUCCAUAGCUCAAUACAGAAACUUAAGAAGGAAGGAAAGCUAUCAGAAGACCUCUUGAUUGUUUUGUUAAAUUGCAAAACCUUGGAGGAGCUGGAUCACGUGUAUGCUCCAUAUAAAACUGGAAGUAAAGGCACCAAGGCUCAGAGGGCCAGACAGCUGGGUUUAGAACAGGCAGCCAAUUUGCUCCUUGGAAAUCCUAGAGAACUCAACCUGUUGUUUUAUGUCAAGUCCAAUGUGGAAGGACUCUCUACUAUUGAGGAAGUAAAAUCUGGAGUUCAACACAUCUUGGCUGACAUGGUUGCUAAAGAUAAAGACACGCUGGAUUUCAUCAGAGCCUUAUGCCAUAAAAGAUAUGUUUGCAUUCAGUCAUCGUUGUCAAAAGUGACAUCCAAAAAAGCCAGUGAAAAAGACAUCAACAAAUUUCACCUGUACCAGAACUUUUCUUGCAAUAUAAAGAACAUUCAACAUCACCAGGUUCUAGCCAUUAACAGAGGGGAGAAUCUGAAAAUCCUGACAAUGAAGAUCAACAUCCCUGACGGGGUGAAGAAUGAAUUCUGUAGGUGGUGUGUAAAUGAAAGAUGGAGACCAAAGGCCUAUGCAAACCCGGAAUUAAUGGAGUUGCUGCGCUACUCAGUAGAAGACUCAUACAAACGCCUUAUUUAUCCUCUGCUUUGUAGAGAGUUCAGAUCAAAAUUAACUUCAGAGGCAGAGAAGGAAUCUGUAAUGAUGUUUGGAAGGAACCUUCGCCAACUGCUUCUCAUGAGUCCUGUGAGAGGGCGAACCUUGAUGGGAGUUGAUCCUGGCUAUUCACAUGGUUGCAAAUUGGCAAUAAUUUCACCCCUGAGUCACAUACUCCAUACAGAUGUUGUUUAUUUACAUUCUGGUAAAGGAUUCCAUGAAGCCGAGAAGAUAAGGAGACUUCUCUUGCAAUACAACUGUGACACUGUUGUGAUUGGCAACGGAACAGCGUGCAGGGAGACGGAAGCUUACUUUGCUGACUUAAUUAUGAAGAAAUUCUUUGCCCCUUUAGAUGUCACUUACUGCAUUACCAGUGAGGCAGGAGCCUCUAUAUACAGUGUGAGUCCCGAAGCUUGUAAAGAGAUGCCUGAUUUAGACCCUAACCUACGAAGUGCAGUUUCCAUAGCUAGACGUGUACAGGACCCAUUAGCUGAGCUAGUGAAAAUUGAGCCCAAACACAUUGGAGUUGGAAUGUACCAGCAUGACGUGUCGCAGACCUUGCUCAAAGCAGUCCUGGAUAGUGUGGUGGAAGAGUGCGUCAGCUUUGUAGGAGUUGAUAUUAACAACUGUUCAGAAAUUUUAUUAAGACACAUUGCAGGACUGAAUGCCACUAGAGCUAAAAAUAUAAUUGAAUGGCGGGAGAAGAAUGGACCGUUUGUCAAUCGAGAGCAGCUCAAGGAUGUCAAAGGACUGGGUCCAAAGACCUUUCAGCAAUGUGCUGGCUUUAUAAGGAUUAACCAGGAAUAUAUUCGAACUUUCUGCAGUCAACAGGGAGAGCUUGUGGCUGGAGGUCAUAAAGCAGUCACAAGUAAAAAACCAGGGAAGAAGAAAAGUAAAGUGGAAGCCAACAUUGUUCAACAGCCAAAUCCUUUGGAUCAAACGUGCAUCCACCCAGAAUCGUAUCAUAUUGCACAGAGGUUUUUGGAUCUCAUUGGAGGAAAUGCCAACGAGAUAGGAAAGUCAGAAAUGCAGCAAAAAGUGAAUGCAGUUAUUGAAAGAGACGGGAUAGAAGGACUAGCAAAAAGUCUGAAUACAGCAGGACACACAGUGCAAAUAAUUAUUGAUGGACUGACUCAACCUGAAGGGUAUGACAUCCGGAAAGACUUUGAGAAACCUGAUUUCAAGAGGAGCAUUGUCUGUCUUGAAGACUUAAGCAUUGGGACUGUUUUGACAGGAAGAGUUGAGAACGCUACUCUCUUUGGAGUUUUUGUUGACGUUGGAGUUGGUAGGGCAGGACUGAUUCCAAUUCGGAGCAUAACAGAAGACAAGCUUUCGAAAGUAAAGAAAAGAAGGAGCCUCAGUUUGGGCCCAGGUGAAAAAGUGGAAGUUAAAGUGCGUGAAGUUGACAUCCCACGCUCCAGAAUAACAUUGGACCUCAUACGUGUUUUAUGAUCUGUUUGU